GCAGGCGCGCAACAUGCCGUUCGGCCAGUUCCUCCGGUUGACUUUUACCUGCGCGAGGUUUCAGUCCGUGAUACGAGUGGAAGGGGACAUACAAACAGAAACAGCUGCUUGGGUGUAACUCACGCGCGGGCACACGGUUGGAAUUAACGACAAGCCAGCCUGAUUUCGGGCAGAUCUGUAAUCCGCUCUCUGAACGCCACAUGCGGACAAAUCCUCCGCGGGAUAGCCUACCAGGAGUGAGCUGGUGAACCACAGAGAUUGCGGUGGAGAAAUCACUACAAGGUGCCUGGGUGAGAGUGCGUGUCUCCGUCUGGCCAGCUGUGUGUGUGUGUCUCUCUGUGUGUGAGUGAGACAAGUCUACUGGAGUCUCCCGGGUUUCCGGGAGACACUGGCUCGGUGACACCGGGACAGUACUUGGUCUCGCGGGGAAGAUGAUGGGUUUCCUGCGCAGGACAUUCAGUCGGCGUUCACGGCGGCGGCCCCGCACUACUGUGGACGAGCUGGAUGGUCGAGGGGGGAGCGGCUCCGGACAGAAACACCAGCAGCAGGUGAUCCAUCCACCCGUUGUGGUAAGCGGAGGAACACUUGUCCACAUCCCUGCGGCUGGGGGCACUACCUCAACAAUAACCUGUCGCGUGUUGUUACUGGACGGUUCAGACGUGAACGUGGAACUGUCGAAAAAGUCAAAAGGCCAGGACCUGUUUGACCAGAUCAUUUACCAUCUUGACCUGGUGGAGUCGGACUACUUUGGCCUGCAGUAUGUGGACCCCGAGCAGGUGGCGCAAUGGUUGGAUGUGACUAAGCCCAUAAAGAAGCAGAUCAGAAAUGCUCCUCCAUUCGUCCUGUUUUUCAGGGUGAAGUUUUACUCUUCAGAACCCAACAACCUGCAUGAGGAGUUCACCAGGUACCUUUUUGUGUUGCAGCUGAGACAAGAUAUUCUGUCUGGCAAGUUAAAGUGUCCUUAUGAUGUGGCCGUUGAACUGGGUUCUUACUGCCUCCAGAGUGAGAUGGGGGAUUGUGAUCCGCAGGAACACACUCCUGUGCUGGUGUCUGAGUUCCGUUUUUCCCCCAAACAGUCAGAAACUAUGGAGGCUGACAUCUUUCAUAAGUGGAUGGAAUGGAGGGGCAUGAGUCCAUCUCAAGCAGAAAUAAGUUUUCUCAAUAAGUGCAAAUGGCUGGAGAUGUACGGCGUCGACAUGCACGUUGUGAAGGGUCGAGAUGGGGGAGAAUAUGCCCUUGGACUAACUCCCACUGGGAUUCUUGUGUUUGAGAAGUCCAACAAAAUAGGCCUUUUCUUUUGGCCUAAAAUUACACGUCUGGACUUUAAGAGGAGUAGAUUAACUUUAGUAGUGGUCGAAGAUGAUGAAAAAGGCCGGGAGCAGGAGCACACCUUUGUGUUUGAGCUGUCUAGUUCCCGCUCUUGUAAGCAGCUGUGGAAGUGUGCGGUGGAGAGCCACGCCUUCUUCCGGCUGCGUCAGCCCGCCAAGAACCAGAGCAGCCGCAGUGACUUCACACGCCUGGGCUCACGCUUCCGCUUCAGUGGGAAGACGGAGUACCAGGCAACACAUGGGGGUCGUUUGAGGAGAACAAGUACGUUUGAGAGGCGACCAAGCAAGAGAUACCCCUCCAGGAGCCAAUCACUAAGCAAGGUUACCACCCCUAAUAAACACCCACACAUCAGUGACCAGAGCAGUCCUGAGGCAAGCCUACACCAGUAUAAACACAACAUUCCUAUUGGUCAGGAUUCAUGGCACAGGACCCGCCCCCCAAGCCUGACACCUCCGCUUUACGUCCAGCCUCCUGAGCUACAUACACCACCACACAGCUUUCCAAUGAGCAGCGCUGAUGCCCAUCGCUUCAGCUUGGAGGAGAAUGAGGCCCCAUAUUCCUCAAUCCGCCACUACUGCCACCACCACCUCUACAGCAAUCAAGAAGCACUUGGCCUCACACUCUCAAAGCCCAAAGCCUGGGCCGUACCCCUACAGCAACAGCAGCAGCUGGAGGCAGUGGUGGAUUCGUCUCCCUGGCCGACUCUCCACAUCAACAUGAACACGGCGGAGGAGAAGCCCUUGUCUGAGAAGAGCCUGCCAUCCUCGCCCUCCCUCCUGGAGGAGCAGAUGAAGAAGAGCAACGUCCUCCGGGUGGAGAAGGACCAUUCCUCCCCUGCAGCACAGCCUGCCAGGUCUCAGGAGGCAGAAAAACCUAAAGAUCGCCGCCGAAGACUGGUCAGACAGUUUAGCUUUAACCAUAGUGAUGAAGAUGAUCUCCCAGAGGCCCUUGCAGCAAUCUCCUCACAAAGCAGCAUGGGAAAAUCAGGCUCCAUCAACUCACUGGAUAAACAGAUUCAACCACCUAUAUACCCACCGCAGAUGGACAAGUGUGACUCUCCACUGUUCUACCAGACCUCCAUCCCACACCUACUGCCCUGUAAGCCAGCACAUACUGAGAGUGGUAGUAGUACGGAAGAUCUGAAAAUGGACAGAGAGAAACUGCUGAGGACUCUACUGAUGACCGAACUCUAAGACUUUCUUACACACACACACACACACACACACACACACAUACUGAUGAAAACAUUUAUAUUGGCAUAUUUUAAAGUAUUUUCAGAUUUCCUGAAGUCUCCUUAAAUAAUUGGUCAUUUUAAAUACCACAGGAACGACUUAGACAUUGUUGGCAAGAGAUGCAGAUGUUACAAAAAGGUUCUAUAUAAGAUUGAGCCUGAUUUGGGCUCUUAGUUUAAUCUUGUGUGACGCCUUUGAUAUUUAGUACUGGGUUUUUAGUGUCAAGUCUUCAGGGUAUUUACAAGUGUGUGUGUGUGUGUGUGAGAUCAAGAGAGAAAGAUAAUGAGGGGGUGACUGUGUGUGAGAGAAAGGGACAUUAACAGA